UGCGCCCGGCCGGGACGCGCGGCGGGCGCGGGGCUCGGCGCUGCCCGACGGACUCGGCGGGAUGGACGCGACGGGGCCGCCCGGCGUCGGCGGGGACCCAAGCCCGCCGCACAGGCGGGUGUACAUGGACUACAACGCCACGACGCCCCCGGACCCCGAGGUGGUGCAGGCGGUGACGGAGGCCUUGCAGGGGGCCUGGGGGAACCCCAGCAGCACGUACCCCGCAGGUCGGAGGGCCAAGGACAUCAUCGGGACAGCGCGGGAGAACCUCGCCAGGAUGGUCGGCGGGAAGCCCCGAGACAUCGUCUUCACCUCCGGGGGCACCGAGUCCAACAACUUGGUGAUCCACUCGGCCAUGCAACACUGGCUCCAGGCGUGCAGCCUGCAGCGCGAGGCGGGGACCCUGCCCCACUUUGUCACCUGCUCCGUGGAGCAUGACUCCGUCCGCCUGCCCUUGGAGCACCUGGCGCGGGAGCGCGCGGCCGAGGUCACCUUCGUCCCUGUGUCCAAGGUGAGUGCACGGGCAGAGGCGGAUGACGUCCUGGCUGCUGUCCGCCCAGCCACGUGCCUGGUGACCAUCAUGCUGGCCAACAACGAGACGGGUGUCAUCAUGCCCGUUCCUGAGAUCAGCCGCCGCGUAGCAGCCCUGAAUGCCCAGCGCGUGGCAGCCGGGCUGCCGGCCAUCCUGCUGCACACGGACGCGGCCCAGGCCCUGGGGAAGCAGCGCGUGGACGUGGGGGAGCUGGGCGUGGACUUCCUGACCAUCGUGGGCCACAAGUUCUAUGGUCCCAGGAUCGGCGCGCUAUACGUCCGUGGACUGGGCGACCUCACCCCGCUGUACCCCAUGCUGUUCGGCGGUGGCCAGGAGCGCAACUUCCGGCCAGGGACCGAGAACACGCCAAUGAUCGCCGGCCUCGGCAAGGCAGCCGAGCUGGUGACCAAGAACUGUGCAGCCUACGAGGCCCACAUGAGGGACGUUCGUGACUACCUGGAGGAGAGGCUGCAGGCUGAGUUCGGCCCGAGGAUCCACCUCAACAGCCGCUUUCCGGGCACCGAGCGACUCCCCAACACCUGCAACUUCUCCAUCCGGGGACCCCAGCUGCAAGGCCGCCUGGUGCUGGAGCAGUGCCGGAUGCUGCUGGCCAGUGUGGGGGCCGCAUGCCACUCGGACCAGGGUGACCGCCCAUCCCCCGUGCUGCUGAGCUGUGGGAUCCCAGCAGACGUGGCCAGGAAUGCGCUCCGGCUCAGCGUGGGCCGCGGCACCACCCGGGCCGAUGUGGACCUCGUGGUGCAGGACCUGAAGCAGGCGGUGGCCCAGCUGGAGGGCGGGCCCGGCGCCCAGGACACCCCGUAGCGAGCCCGCCCAGCCCACAAGUCUCUCCAGCCUCCGGGUCCCGCCUGCCCGCUGCGCCAGGCAGUGCGUGCAGACAUCUGCCCGUGUGCAUUGCCUGUGCCCACGUGCCCGGGAGUGAUGUGUCAGUGUGUGGCAUGCGUGUCCAUUUGUGGUGUUCAGAUGUGUGUGUGUCCAGGCGUCCAGACGCACACAUCCAUGUAAUUACAUGUUGGUGUGCUGGGUACGUGUCAGCGUGCAUACACUGUGUGCACUUGUGUUUGUCUACAACUGUCCGUGUGCAUACACAGCGUGCAUGUGUUCAUGUGUGUUUGUGCACAAUGUCUUACGCAUGUGUGUUCAUUUGUGUAUUGUGUGAACAUCCUUGCACAUGUGUUUGCUCAUGUUCAUGUGUAUUUGUGUGCAACAUGGCAUUUGUUUGCAUGUGCAUGUAUACAUGUGUGCACAUGGGCUCAUGCAUAUGCGGGCCCUGUGUAGCGUGUUUGUGUGUACUAUGUGUACACGUCCAUGUACAUGCUAUACACGUGUGUUCAUAUAUGUGUCAGUGCAGUUUUUAUACGUGUGCCUAUGUACCCAUGCAUGUGCCCGUGUUUUCACGUGUGGUAUA